GAGUUCUUGUCAGCCAACCAAAAUUCGUCUCACCUUAUCCAAACUCAUUCUUUAUCCUUGGGACAAAAGUGUCGUUUUGAUCCCCCCUCCCUCUUCCUUUUCUCAAUCCAAUCCCGUAAACAGAGAUUGUGGGAGGCUUUUAGCAAUGGCCAUAGCAACAGCUGCCCUCGCUUCAGCAACGGUCGCCGGAGCUAUGAUGAGCAAGACCCAGAAGAGAAUGAAGAACGUGGUGUACAUAGGAGCGCUGAAUUCAUUUGGAGGUCUCAAAGCUCACAACAGUUUGGUAUCUCUUGGCUUGCCCGAAUGCACCGAGCAGUGCUUUGCUAAGGUGGUCGGCUCAUUGAGAGCAACAUCAGAUGGUAGGAGGAGAGGUGGAGGUGGAAGAGGAGGAGCACUCUCUUCUUCGUGCAAUGCUGCGGAUGAGAUCUUCAAGAUUGCUGCCAUAAUGAACGUUCUUACGCUCAUUGGGGUUGCGGUUGGAUUCGUUCUUCUCCGAAUUGAAGCUUUUGUGGAGGAGUCUGAGGAGUAACAAACGGUUGUUGAAGAAAGAUGGAAGCCAGAAUACUGGCCACGCCAUUGCUGCUAAUCAUCGGAUGUGUUUAUCUAUCUUUGUAUCAGUGCAGAAUUAUUAUUAUUAUUAUUAUUUUAGCUGUAUGAUCAUGCUUAGUAGUUUUUUGAAGCUUUACUGGACUGCCAUAUAUAUUUACCAACAGAAUACCUUGCGUCU